CACGCGGUCUUGGCAAUGCAGGGCCCCCCUGCGCCCGCCCCGGCCCCUGUGCCCAGCUCCCCCCGGGGCUCCCCGCGCGGCUCCCCCGGGCUCUUCAGGAAGCUCCUGGUGAACCAGAGCAUCCGCCUGCAGCGGCGCUUCACCGUGGCCCAUCCGCUGUGCUUGGACCUGGAAAAUGGGCUAUCGUGCAGAAGAAGCGCCCUGGACCCUCAGGCCGGGUCUGGCCUUGGCCGGGUCAUCCAAGCACCUGCCCAGCACAGCCAGAGGCGGGAGUCCUUCCUGUACCGCUCAGACAGUGACUACGAACUCUCGUCCAAGACCAUGUCCCGGAACUCCUCUGUGGCUAGCGACCUACACGGAGAAGACGUGAUUGUGACACCCUUUGCCCAGGUCCUGGCCAGUCUGAGGACAGUUCGGAGCAACGUUGCGGCCCUUGCCCACCUGCAAGGCCGCGGGGCAGCCAAGCAGGCAUGCAUCGGGAACACCCCAUCUGGCAGUCAGCCCCCUCCACCAACAGAGGACACUGGGCAGAAGCUGGCUUUGGAGACACUGGACGAGCUGGAUUGGUGUUUGGAUCAGCUGGAGACACUGCAGGCGCGGCACUCGGUGGGGGAGAUGGCCUCCAACAAGUUCAAGUGGAUGCUGAACCGGGAGUUGACUCACCUGUCUGAAGCCAGCAGCUCUGGGAACCAAGUGUCUGAGUACAUAUCCCGAACCUUCCUGGACCAGCAGACUGAGGUGGAGUUGCCCAGGGUGACCCCCACGGAGCCCCCAAGGCCCAUGUCCCAGAUCAGCGGCCUGCGUGGACUCCCCCACAGUACCAGCCUUUCUGCAGCCACUGUCCCACGCUUUGGGGUCCAGACUGAUCAGGAGGGGCAACUGGCCAAGGAGCUGGAAGACACCAAGAAGUGGGGACUUGAUGUGUUCAAAGUGGCAGAGCUAAGUGGGAACCGGCCCCUCACAGCUAUCAUGUUCAGCAUCUUUCAGGAACGGGACCUGCUCAAGACAUUUCGGAUCCCAGCAGACACGCUUGCCACCUACCUACUGACACUGGAGGGUCACUACCACAACGAUGUGGCCUACCACAAUAGCCUACACGCCGCUGACGUGGCCCAGUCUACACAUGUGCUGCUGGCCACACCUGCGCUUGAGGCCGUGUUCACUGACCUGGAAGUCCUGGCUGCCAUCUUUGCAAGCGCCAUACAUGAUGUGGAUCAUCCUGGGGUCUCCAAUCAGUUUCUCAUUAACACCAACUCAGAGCUUGCACUUAUGUACAAUGAUACCUCCAUGCUGGAGAACCACCACCUGGCUGUGGGCUUCAAGCUGCUGCAGGCAGAGAACUGUGACAUCUUCCAGAACCUCACCACCAAGCAGCGGCUGAGUCUGCGCAGGAUGGUCAUCGACAUGGUGCUGGCCACAGACAUGUCCAAACACAUGAACAUCCUGGCUGACCUCAAGACCAUGGUGGAGACCAAGAAGGUGACAAGCCUUGGAGUCUUGCUGCUAGACAAUUACUCCGACCACAUCCAGGUCUUGCAGAGCCUGGUGCACUGUGCCGACCUCAGCAACCCCACCAAGCCGUUGCCGCUCUACCGCCAGUGGACAGACCGCAUCAUGGCUGAGUUCUUCCAGCAGGGCGACCGUGAGCGCGAAUCAGGCCUGGACAUCAGCCCUAUGUGCGAUAAGCACACGGCCUCAGUGGAGAAGUCCCAGGUGGGUUUCAUUGACUACAUUGCCCACCCACUGUGGGAGACGUGGGCUGACCUGGUACACCCAGAUGCACAGGACCUGCUGGACACUCUGGAGGACAACCGCGAGUGGUACCAGAGCAAGAUCCCCCGCAGCCCUGUGGACCCCACCAGCCCCAAGCAGGGUGGUCUGGACAGAUUCCAGUUUCAGCGGACUCUGCAGGAGGCAGAAGAGGAGGAGGGAGAGGAGGAGGGAGCCCUGGGUGGGGAGGCCUCAGAGUCACCUGACACUGAGCUCCUGUUCCCUGAGGCCAGCCCAGACCCUGGGGCCCUAUACCUGGAAAACCAGAGGACCGUGGGCAAGCCCUGUGUGGACCAUGAGGGCAAUGUGAUGGCUGAGCCUUUGGGAACCUAG